UUCCUUUAAUUUGUUCACUUUAUUUUUUUUGUGUCACUGUCCCUUUAAGACCACAGAAAAUCCUGCUUUUUCUUUAUAGGUAUGCUCUGGGGGGGGGGGGGGGUGACUCUUGGGUGCCCCUGUAGAAAUGUAGUCUCCUAAAGGCCAGUCUACAGAAUCUUAAAUGUAUGAACAUUGUUGUUAGAAUUCUAUUAAAUAGGCUCAAAUUAUUUAAGUUAAAUAUAUCAUUGAAGAUCUUUAAGUUCCCUGAAUGAGUUGCUAACUGCUGCAGGAUUCAUCCGAUUUUGCCUGUUUGACCUGUCACUUCCCUUGUUUGCCACAAUUUGAAUGUGCAAGUAUACUGCAUAUGAUCUAUGUGCAAUAGUUUAUUUACAGUACAUACUUUGGUAUUGGACACACCAAACACAUAUCAUGACCCAGAUAAGUGGAUUUAAGGAGAAGUGGAGAUAUCUCACUUUUGGCAGAAUAUGAUCCAAUGGAAAUAUAUAAAAAUUUGUUGAAAACAUUUCUGACGGGGCAGCCACGGAUAUUUAAUCGAUUACCCCCCAGGCCUGGAUUUGUGGCGAGGCCACAUAGGCCCGGGCCUAGGGCGGCACAUUUUUGGGGGCGGCAUGCCGCCCAGCCGUUCUGUGGGUGCUGGGCAACUGUAGCGUGCUGCUUCAUAAAUAGAAUCUAGUGUCACUUAGGUAAGGGGAGCCCCCCAUGAAGCUCCCGGGCCCUGGCUAGUGCAGGAAUGUAGCACAGAGUCUCGUGGAACAAGGGUCCGCUCCAAGCAGUCGGCACUGGCUUCUCUGUCACUCUAAGCCGGGCGAUGUUUCCUGAUGUUCCUGCCGAUCCUCUCUGUGUAGCCGGCUCUGUGUGCAAGUUGGGGGGCGGCACUGCACAUGCAAGAGAUACACUGAAGGCUUCGAGAGUGACUCAGAGAGUGGUGUGUUAUGUGUGAGUCCGUGUGGUACAAGAUGAACGCCAUUCAGCUCCCCUUGCGGGAGAAUAACGGAGAGAUAUCGACAGGGAACAACUGUGACAGAAGAACUCCAACUGCUCCAUAGAGUUUGAUGUGAUGCGGUCAGUACAACAGAAGAGAUAGCCAGGGAGGAGAAAUCCAGCGCCGCACAAUGGAUGGUCGCCCUGUCGCCUUUUCUGAACAUGAGCGGAAGUGGAGUUUCGGUACUAUGAAUUCUUAGAGACCCCAAGUGGAUGUUGUCUCAAAACUUCGAGGGUGUCUUCCAGCUGAUCACUACUCUUUCACUGCCUCUUCCCACCUUGGGAACCUGAUACACUGUCAUUGCACCAUGCAAGGCAGUGAGGAUCAAAUGGAGACCUAACGCUCAUUCUAUGCCGCGAUGAGCAGGUACAAGAGAGCAGAGAGAGCAAAAUGAAUGGUGGCAGUGAGAGUGGAGGCGGAGAUAGCUAUGGAGGGCCCCCAACAGUUCAAGUACCAAUUGGCUGGCAGAGAAGAAUGGAGCCAGGCAUGGUGGUGUAUAUCAGUCCAAGUGGGAUGGUUCUUACCUCUAUGGAUCAGUUAAGAGCCUACUUAGUGACCGAUGGAACCUGUAAAUGUGGCCUAGAGUGUCCACUUAACAUCUAUAAGGUUUUUAACUUUGAUCCAAGGGCUGAAGUGAAACGGCGUAAUGCUGAGGAUGUGAAGGCGGAGGAGGACAUGACCAAACUCUGCAACCAUCGUAGGAAAAUUGUGGCUCUUGCUACUUUAUAUAAGAGUAUUGAGAAUAAUCCACUUGCACUACAGAACCAAGCUGCUGGAUGUAGUCCCAGUCAAAACUUUCAUGGAGCAUCCACAAGCCCAAAGAUGGGACAGCAUCCAUGCUCCUUGGACCCUGAAAUUUUCACCAAACUUAUGAUUGAAAAAGCCCACAGCAUGCCUGCCCAGCACAUGUUGGAUAAACCGCUGGAACACAAACAGGAUUCCUAUUCUUCUAACCAUGGAGAAAGAUACCCUGUUCAUCGACCAAGCAUACAACCUCCUCCACCCAGGCAGCAAGGGACAACUCUUAGUGAGUCUUAUGCCUUAAGGAACUGUCCGCCAACACCAUCAAAUGGUAGCUACGAGGUGUUUACUAGGGCUCACCAAGCCAUAUCCCAUGAGCUUUCCUCCGGGUCUGUUACACAAGUUAAGUCUUCCCAAAACUGGCCUUUGUACUCCUCAUAUAGUCAGGAUCUUUCUGGCCUGUCUCUGAAGUCAUCACUUAGCUCUUGUAGUUUUGCACCAGGUGGGGCUUUCUCGCGGACGCUGGAUGAGCCUUCUCAGGGCCCUAGGCGCUUAUUUGCCUUUCCUGAGAAAGAUCCACUGGGUAUUUUGGACUCUAGCAGCUUCAAACCACCCAGUCCAAAGCACCACAUGUUAAACUCACCACCUUGUCACCAGUCUCAGGUUUCCACAAUGAACACUCAUUCUCUUCCUGAACCCCAUCCUGGUAGCCAGUCCUCUCCAUCACUACCCCCUCGUUUCUCUCCGUUCCCAAGGGGAGGUACACUGACUUCUCCUUCUACCACUAGGUCUUCAGUGUCCUCUAUCUCAUCCCCAGCUGGCAGUGUGGAGCCAUCCCCUCAGCGUUCUCGACACUCCUCUGCCUCUUCUGAGCACUUCCCAGGCCCUGCUAGGUCAAGUUCCAGGUCUCCUAGGCCUGUUGCCUCUCCUAAACGCUCUGUACCCCAGAGCCCAAAAGCAAUACUUGAAGGCCUUCCUCCAUUUGGGCAGGCCCAUUUGGGAUCUUCAAAUGCCAGCCAUGCCUUAACCCACCAAAGCAAUAAAACAACACCACCUGUGUCUUUGGGAGCAGCACAGGGCCUACUUGGCUUUCCUCUUGGGUGCAUUUUGGGCCAGCAAAGCAAUGCCUCCUUCCCAGCCAGCAGUCUCCUCACAGCAGCUGCAAAGGCUCAAAUGGCAAGUCAAACCAAACCAGAAGUCACAGCCUCUAGCACUUUACCCAAUCGUUUGUUAAAUCCCAACUCCUUGCUUUCUGCAGCUGGCACUAAAGAAUGCCAGGGACUUCCAGCCAGGCCUCCCUCCCAGAGAAGAGAUGUAAUAUUGAAAAGAAAAAGACAGAGAAAUUCUCCAGGUCCUGACAUGAGUCCACAGGAUUCUAGUGGGCAUUUUCCUCCUUCUAGUAGCCCUGGUGGACUCUCUAAAAUGAACCCUCCUGUUGUGUCAAAGCUGAUAGGAAGUGGGAGUCAAUCUGAAGAAGACAUGGGAAUAUCCAAAGUUGUACAUCCACACCAUGUAGCUGGUCAAACAGUUUCUUCCCUUCAGACACCUCGCUCAGCAGUUGAGGAGUCCCCAAGCCAAAGUAAAACUCCUGGCCUGUCUCCAUCUUCCCAAGACCUUAGCAGCCAGCUCCUUGGCCUUGUAGGACAACUAGUUCAGACAGCUACAGAGCAGAACUCAGGGACACCAUUACCCCAGAAAUUACCUUCAACCCCCAUUGGGACAAAUACAUCUACUUCAACUGCACGACCCAACCAUUCUCCUGUAGCAAAGAGUGCUUCUGCUCCAAAUGUGGUGCCGAGCUGUGGGACAGAAGGCGUUAAUGAGCUGCCUUGUUCCUUGCCUCCAUCUGGGGAUAACUUUCCCUUCCUCGGUCAGGAUCAGGUACUGCCGUUUCCUGCAUCUCCGGCUCUAUUAAACCUAGCGCUGCUGGGGGCUUUACCACUUUCCCUUAGUCUGAACCAGCAUCAACAAAUUCUGAACCAAGGUUUGCUAAAUAUACUGUCAUCAUCUUUACUUGGAAGUACAGAUAUUGGACUUUUAGGCUUUCAAAAUACAUCUCUGCCCUUGCCCUCUGCAGUGGCGGACCCUGAAACGACUGCAUUGCAGACUUUACUGAUGGCGUCUCUCUUGCAAGGUCCUCUCUUACCUCUAGGGGGCCUAGGGCUACCACAGCUUGAUCUUCAACAAAACAACCAACAACAAAGUACCCUUUUGCCAUCCCUCUUGCCUCUGUUGGACUCAUUACCCACUCCACAAACUGACACAGCUGAGAAAAAUGAAGCACCCAUGUCCCUACCUGAAACUUUCCCUGAUAAUGGUCUCCAACCACUGCUCUUUCCACCUACAUCACCUCUUCUGAUGGCUCUUAACUCUGCACUUCUUGCUGCCAGUCUUGGGGCUGUGGACUCCUCCACUUGUGCUGGACAGGUAACUGAAAAGAACUGCAUCAAUACCUCCUGCACUGGGUCUGCCUCUGUUACUACAACCACUAUUACACCUGCCUUAUCAGAGGGGAAACCCCCUCCAUUGGAACCACACAGCCCCUUCCACCUCCAGCAGUCACAAGCACUAACACCUGGCAGGCUCCACCCACUGAUGCCUCCUCUGCUCAGCCCACUCAUCACCGCUGGGUUGUUAGGGGACCUAUCUGCACUGAAUGCAAAUACUGGUGCCCAAUUAGGAAGCCUCCAAUCUCUGCUGGGUGCUCAGGCCUUACUUCCAAACCAGCAGACAUAUCUUCCCUCCCUCUCUGGAGCUCUGGGAAUGCAGAUGUUCCAAGGACAGUCCCUUUUGCAAGGACAACGCAGUGGCCUCCAGACACCGUCUGGACCUGAAAAAGAAGUCAACCAGUCUUCCCAACCUGAGGGCUCUAUUACUCCCACACCCCAAACACCAUGUUAUUCUCAGCAGCCUUCUGACUCUACCUUGUCCCCACCAAGAACAGAAGUGUCUGGAAAAGUACAGACAUUACCACUUCCUGCCUUGAGGCUUGGUUCUUCUUUUGUCUCCAACACCUCAAGUGCCUUUGAAACCAGCCCCAAUUCCAAAGGCUCCCAGUUCCAGGGACCAGCAUGCAUAGACAUCCCUCCUGAUAUACCAUCUGACCCCCCUAAUACAGAUACCUUAUCCCACUCUAUGGAUUCUUCUUCUACUGAGACAGAUCCGGAAGUGUCUCCUCUCAAAAGACACCGGCUGCUACCCGAUCCAGUAGGUCCCUCUGAAGUCCCCAAUGGAGCUUCCCCUAACCUUCUCCCAUGGAUGGGUCCUCCCCAUUCAUCGAACGCCUUAAAUCUGUCAGAGCUGGAGCUCCCCAAGGGAAAGGAGCCUGGUUAUAGGUUCAAUGGACGAGCCAGGGGUGAGAGGUCGUAUGGCCGCCGACCUCGAGGGCAUAGACAUUCUGGAUCCCGGCCCUCGUUUUGGAAAUAUAAUGGAGGGGAUGUGGUUGAGGGAGAAGUAGCAGGACAUAGCCAGGAACUAUCACAGCCACUGGUGGGAAUUCCUGCUUUUAGCCCUCACUGGCAGGAAGACGGUAGACAGCCACGGGAGCAGGAGGUGGAGGUACCACCCCAGCUGCUGAAACGCUCCCGCAGAGGAAGGAGGAGGGGCCAAAAUUCACAGAGGAUAAGCAGUCGUCUAGAAACUGUACCUCCAAAGUGGACAACUGCUGACCCAUCCAAUGGUUUAAAUAUUGACCGUCCUAUCAUCCGGCCGAACAGACCCGGUCGUCCUGCCAAGAACAGAAGGCGUCGGAUGAUCUAGUAGAUUUUGUGCUCUUAGUGGUUUACCUCUCUCAACCCAACUCCUUAAUCCAACUGACCAAGCUCAACAGGUCUUCCCUUUUAAGGCACUUCCCCCUGUUCCCUUUAAUGUGUUUCCACAAUGAAUACAGCCAACUGGCAAGUUUUAAGAAGUCUGCAUUGUUGACAGUUGCCCUUUUGGUGAGAACUAAGGCUCCGCAUGAAAACCAUCAAAGGAGAGUCUGCCUUUUGUUCAUUAUUUUACAUAAUUGCACCAACCAGUGCAUUCUGUAGCCCUUGAUCUGCACAGGUUUUCUAUAAGUCAUGGUCCUAUUCGCGUAGCUAUCACUAGUGAAGUACUGUAGCUUCCUUGGUCAUGGCCUUUGCCUCAGAAAUCUGAAUUGGUUAGA